CUUUUCACCUGUUUCGGGGUGGAGUCAAGGAUGGAUGUGCUCAGGCAUCAAGUGAAACGAUUAACAGCGCGAGUGGAGAUGGCAGCGUUCAACUUCCAGAAGAGAAAGAGAGGACAGGGAAGUUAUUGAGUGGAAUUAAAAGUAUUUGCUGAAAGGAGGACACUAGUAAUUUGUUAUUAAUAUUGAUUGGAAAAGAAACAUUUGUCUACAUAACCUCGCAUUGGAUCAGCUAUGCGGCUUCUGGUCGCCGCGUUUCUGCUCUGCUUCCUUCCAACAGAGUUAGUGUGUAUCCAGGUAAACGUGCCCCAGGCCGAGCGCAGCACGAUGCUGUUUGCCUCGGUGAUGCUGAAGUGUGACUACUCCACCUCUGCCAGCCUGCAGGACAUCCUGGUCACAUGGAGGUUCAAGUCCUUCUGCAAGGACCCCGUCCUGGAGUACUUCUCUACUGGGUACCAGGCAGCCCUCCAGCUGGGCCAGGACCCGUCUAACGACUGCCCUGACCGGCAGAGGACGAUCCGCACUGUGGUCCAGAAAAGGGGCUCCCAGGAGGCCACGCUAGGGGUGGAGUACAGACAGCGCAGGAUCUCCGUCCAGAACACGGCAGACCUGGUGAUCAGUGAGAUCAUGUGGUGGGAUCAUGGUGUGUACGUGUGUUCCGUCAAUGCCGCGGGAGACACCAGCGGAGACUCGGACCGCGAGGUCAAACUCAUCGUCUACAAUUGGCUGACGGUGCUGCUCAUCAUCCUCGGGGCCUUGGCCCUCCUCCUCCUCUUCUGUGUGUGCUGCUGCCAGUGCUGUCCUCAGAGGUGCUGCUGCUACGUCCGCUGUCCCUGCUGCCCCCAGACCUGCUGCUGCCCCGAGAAAGCGAUGAUGCAGCACAGGAUGAUGAAGGACAUGCAGAAAGCCAUGAAGGGGCAGUAUGCAUACGGACCCCCGAGCCAGAACUCCCAGAUGAACCCACUUCUCUACGGAGGUUCAGUCUCUGGUAAGAGCAUCGCCAUGGGCCCCAUGCCCUUGCCACCCCCGCAAUCCAGUGCCUACAGCAUGCACCACCCUGGCAUGCGCCAACCCAGUCUCCAUGGCAACGGCAGCCCCGCCGGCACCAAUCAGAUGCUGGACUACCUGGAGAAUCAGAUGAGGGGGAUAGACAUGACCAGCCCUCUGCUACAACCACAGAUGCCACCCCCUCAGCAUAUGCACCAAUCAGUGCCUUUCUCCGCCGGGCCUCCCAGCAUGCUCUCUGGCCUGGGCGACGGGCCAGUGGAGCGGCGCAUCCUUCAGCUCCCACCAAUCUCUGAGCAACCUGGCAGGAGAGGCCCACCCCCCGGGCCCAAGUCCCGCCCCCCCAGCUCCAGCGAGAGCAGCCGUAGCGGCUACAAUCGCCAAGACUACCAGGCCGGGGGCGGGUCCCGGCGUUAUCCCUCCCCCACAAGGUCCCGGGGCCUUCCCCGGAGCUACAGCGAAGAAUCGCUGGACGGUGGGCGGAGCCGGAUGGGCGCCAACCUGGCGUCGCGCCCUCGCUCCCGUUCCCGUGACGACCUGAUGGACACGCGCCGUGCGCCCUCUAGCCGGGGCGGCUACUCCCCUCCGUCACGCCGUCGGGGGUCGUGGAGCUCCGAGGAGGAGGACAGCAGCAGCAGGAGGGGCGGGCGCGGGGCCAGGGGGAGGGGCUCAGUGGAUAAGCCCCCCCACUACACAGAGUACGAGCCUGGCCAGAAGCCUGGCAGGAACAACCAGCGUUACUCUGACAAGAGUUCCCGCAGUGGCACCAGCAUAGUGAUCUGAGAGGCAGCUGACACACAGCGCCCCCUGGAGGACCACAGGCACACAGCCCCCAGCCCUGCCACUGCAUCCAACCAGGCAUGAGCUCAUGCUGUUUGUGAUGUCUACAUUCUGAAACCCUCAGCUUCACAACUCCAUCUGUGGGGUUGUGGUGAGCACAGUUAGCCCCCUCUACUGGUUAGAGGGAGGCAGUGCAGCCAUCUGAGUUUUAUCCCUUUUUUUGUUGAGAAAAACUAAAUAGUGUGUGCAGUUCAUUCAAGUUAGACUCAUGUUAAGCUCAGCAGUGGCGCUCUCCAAAUACUUUUGUCAGAUCUUCCCAAAUCGCUGGUCCUUGUGUUGUAAAGGUUUAUAAAUGGUGUGUAAGGAGAGGGUGUUUCCAGUAAUCAUGCAAUAUUGUUUUCUUAUUACAUUGCAAUUGAAUUGGUUUGAUGUUGUUUUUUUUUUUUUUACUAGUUGUAGCCCAAUUGUUGACCUUAAUUCUUUAUGUUGCCACUGCUUGCACACAUAAAGUGAAACAUCAUCAGGUAAAUUGUACUUUUUAUUUCAGUGCCAUAAGUGUCUAUCUACUUUGUAAAUAGCUGUCAUUAUUUUUUAAGUAUUCUGUAUGUAAAGAUGUUGCAUUAUUGUUUAUUUUUUUUAUUUAUUUUUUACAUGUUAGUUUAUUACCACAUUCAUCAUUGUGGGAGUUAGAAUAAUGUAAGACAUGAAGGAAUUUGAAGUUAGAAUAUGAACAUGUUGUUGGGUCUCUGAAAUUAAAUGGAAAACGUAUGAAAUCAACAAGUAGGAGGCCUCUGGCACUGGUGGUGGUUAAUGUAACCUGUGUCCCUAUUACUGGUAUUGAAGGAUAUUUUCAAUAAAGCUAUUUUAUAGAUUUG